AUGGAUAUGCACUGCAAGGCAGACCCCUUCUCAGCAAUGCACCCAGGGCACGGGGGUGUGAACCAGCUCGGGGGGGUGUUUGUGAACGGCAGGCCCCUACCUGACGUGGUGAGACAAAGGAUAGUGGAGCUGGCUCACCAGGGGGUGCGACCCUGUGACAUCUCCAGGCAGCUGCGGGUCAGCCACGGUUGUGUCAGCAAGAUCCUGGGCAGGUAUUACGAGACGGGGAGCAUCAAGCCCGGCGUGAUCGGCGGCUCCAAACCUAAAGUGGCGACCCCCAAAGUAGUGGAUAAAAUCGCCGAGUACAAGAGACAAAACCCGACAAUGUUCGCCUGGGAGAUCCGGGACAGGCUACUGGCCGAGGGCAUCUGCGACAACGACACGGUCCCCAGCGUCUCCUCCAUAAACAGGAUCAUCAGAACCAAAGUUCAGCAACCUUUUCACCCAACACCAGAUGGGAGCGGGACAGGUGUGACUGCACCAGGACAUACUAUUGUGCCCAGCACAGCAUCCCCUCCCGUCUCCAGUGCCUCCAAUGAUCCAGUGGGCUCUUACUCCAUUAACGGGAUCCUGGGGAUUCCUCGGUCGAAUGGCGAGAAGAGGAAACGUGAUGAAGAUGAGUUGUACACUGGGUCUGCUCGCAUUCAGGGAGGUGACUUACAUUUUCUCAUGGAUGCAAAGAAUGUAUCCGAGGGCUCAGUUCCCAACGGAGAUUCCCAGAGCAGCGUGGACAGUUUGCGGAAGCACCUUCGUGGCGACACUUUCACCCAGCAGCAGCUGGAAGCUUUAGAUCGAGUUUUUGAGCGUCCUUCUUACCCUGACGUCUUUCAAACAUCAGAGCACAUCAAAUCUGAGCAGGGUAAUGAGUACUCCCUCCCAGCUCUGACCCCUGGUCUCGAUGAAGUCAAAUCAAGUCUAUCCACCUCUGCUAACCCAGACCUGGGGACAAAUGUGUCAGGACCCCAGACGUACCCUGUGGUGACCGGUCGUGAUAUGGCAAGCACCACCUUGCCUGGCUACCCACCCCAUGUUCCCCCAACUGGACAAGGCAGCUACCCAACCUCAACUCUUGCAGGAAUGGUUCCUGGGAGCGAGUUCUCAGGGAACCCCUACAGCCACCCUCAGUACACAACCUACAACGAGGCCUGGCGGUUCAGCAACCCUGCAUUACUAAUGCCACAUCCCGGGGCUCCGCACCUCCCACUGCUGCCGCUGCCUAUGACCGCCACUAGUUACCAUGGAAACCACAUGAAACUGCAGGGCGACAGCUUAGGCCUCCACAUUGUACCUGUCUGA